GUUUCUUCGAAAAUGAUACAAGUCCCAUUUUAAGACAUUUUACUAUUUUUCUUCUUGGUUUACUUCUCGUCCAGUCUUACGCUCCAGAUCUGCUCGCCGGCCGGGCGGCAAAGCUUAAACCAAUUUCCGCAUUCCUCUCUCUUGGUAUCAAUUGAACCGGAAUGGCGUCGGUGAUGAAGGAUCCGUCAGAUUCCGUCCAUGGAAGCAAUGGUGUAUCCGAGAAGAAUGCCUUCAAGAUUUUCAUAGGAUACGACCCACGCGAGGACACGGCGUUCGAGGUAUGCCGGCAUUCCCUGCAGAAGAGAUCUUCGAUCCCCAUCGAAGUGCACGCGAUCAAGCAAUCCGAGCUGAGGGAGAAAGGGCUGUACUGGCGGGAGAGGGGGAAAUUGGAGAGCACCGAAUUCUCAUUCACCCGUUUCCUGACCCCGCACCUAUCAGGCUACCAAGGUUGGGCCAUGUUUGUUGAUUGCGAUUUCCUCUACUUGGGCGACAUUAAGGAAUUGAGAGAAAUGGUGGACGAUAGGUACGCCUUGAUGUGUGUGAAACACGAUUAUGCCCCCAAAGAGACGACCAAAAUGGAUGGGGCCGUCCAGACGGUUUACCCAAGGAAGAACUGGUCGUCCAUGGUUCUGUACAACUGCGGGCACCCGAAGAACAAGGUGCUCACCCCUGAGGUUGUGAAUUCUGAGUCUGGGGCGUUUCUUCACAGGUUCAUGUGGUUGGAGGAUCAUGAGAUUGGGAGUGUCCCCUUCGUUUGGAACUUCCUUGUGGGACACAAUAGAGUUGUUGAGAGCAAACCUGAAACUUUCCCCAAGGCAAUUCAUUACACUCUUGGGGGUCCUUGGUUUGAGGCUUGGAAGGACUGUGAGUUUAGUGAUUUGUGGUUGAAGGAGUUGGAGGACUACUCCCAGACCGCAAAGAGCAGCUAAAGAAGAAGAUGAAGAUGAAGAUUUCUACCUAGAAACCUUAACUCCCAACUACUGCUGGGUAUCUGUUUGGGUGGGUGGUCACCAUUUCAUUUUGAGGCAGCCCCCAAAACCAGGUGCAACUUUGUCUCUCACAUUUCUUGUCAUUUCAUAGGCAGGCAGCCCCAUAUACAGCACAAGUCUUUCUACUUUCUUUUACUCUUUCUUUUACUUACCACAAUGUUCUUAUUCUUAUUAUUACACGCAUACUCAAUUUAUAGAACUUGUAUGUUUAACCAUUGAGGAUACAGGUGUAAUGUAUCAGUAUUACUAGUUGGUGCCGCAUAUCCUUUCCCCUUUUUGUAUGUAAUAAGUACUGUGAGGAAAUUGCUUGUUGUAUUGGAUUUUCCUUUGCAGACAAAAAAACAAAAGGAUACUUUACAUUUUUCAUGUACAAUUUAACCUUGUUUGGCAAAACAUGUUUGUUUACUUAAUCAAGUAUAUGAACUCCAUGUAAGUUAUUACAUCUUUAUCUAUAAAAUAGGGUUUGAGUUAAUUGUGUCGAACAUACAUGUAGAAAUCUAUUUUGCCAGUUUUGACUCUGUUUAAUUU